AGAUAGCGCCAAAUAGAAAAUGUUUGACUAUUUUCCUUCCGGUAGAACAUUGAAACAGAACUUAUAUUUCUAUUUUAGUCCUGUCAACAAUGAGGAGAAAAAUGGAACUAAGCGGCAAUUUUGUUUCUUCGACAAUGUUGCAGUCUGUGGCAUAGCUUAGUUUUUCUGUUUUCGAUGGAAGUCUAAAAAUGGAAAAUGGAAAAUUGAAAUCAAUUUUCAAUUUUUGUUUUUGAGCAAAGACGUUGCGCUCUCCUAGCGACAAAAGUACCCCAGGGGGAGCUGGGGGAGGAAACGCUUCGUCCUGUUCCCCAGUCCCUAGCGGCCUUGUGUCUGCCAUCUUGAAUGCCGGAAAGACCUUGGGAAAGAGUUUUCAGGAAGGAAGCGGAAAAUUUAACAGUCUUGAGCAGUCUCCACCACUAUGGACGACGUAAGCGUCGAGUACGUAAAAGAUCUUGUUGUGACUCAGCGGAAAACACACUCUAAAGGCAGUUCGUUGCUAAAAGAAGCGUAUCCUGAUAGGAGAGGACUCAGUUUGAGGUCAGUUCGAAGGUUUUGUUUAAAGAAUGGGAUACACGCGCAAAAUCGCCUGUCAAAUGAUGAAUUGGAACAGUGCACCAAGGAAGUUGUUGCUCGGGUUGGACCCACCUGGGGUAGAAAAAUGGUGAAAGGAUAUAUGGCCAGUUGUUGUACAACAGCGGGUGACAAGCGCAUUGGAAGAGCUUUGUCAGUUGUGUCUCCUCUGUACCAAGUCCAGAGGAAUUCCAACACUGCCAGGCAAACCAAUCCCUUUCCUUACCAUGCUGACUAUAUUGGUCACAAGUUGCACAUGGACCAAAAUGAGAAACUGACAAUGUAUGGUUUACUGAGAACUGCUGUCAUCCAGCAUGGCAUUUGGGACCAACUAAGAGUGGACCAUGGGACAGAGUUCUAUCUCUCCUUAUUUGUACAAGAAAAAUUGACGCCUUAUAGGACCAAUACAAGAAGAGUGCCUUUCAGUCAAACAUCCAAGCAGAAUCAUCCUGCGGAGAGAAAAUGGAUAGAGUUUAAUACACGUGUCAAAUACCCUAUAAAACGAGCUCUAAAUGCCAUGGUGAAUGAAGACCUCAUAAAUAUGGAUGAUGACAUGAACAAGUUCUGUGUGUCAUGGUUUACCUCCAGGACAGCAGAUAUUGGAAUCAAACAAGUGAUUUCCAGUUGGAACAACCAUCCUAUCCCUGGGAAGGGAGUUCCACACAAGAGAAUGGAGGAAAAUAAAAAGACAUUUAUUCUUCCAUCUAUAGACAUGCUUUCCACUAGUGAAGAAGCUGUACUUGCUUAUGAAAGGGAAGAUGGUCACCUUAGUCUCCCAAAAGUGUUUGGCACUGAUCUCCUUUCUGGGAACCAACAGCUCCAGAACUUGCAUUUUGAUAACUUUAAUGCUGCUUAUCCUAGUUUUGAUGUCAUUUUCCAUUGCCUUGUGAAUGGUAAUCAUUACCCUUUUAAAGAGGGUCUACAGUAUUUCAUUGACCUAACAACAGCAUUAAAUCCUAACUGACUGUUACAACUACCAUAAUGAUAUCAAUAUAAAUGUUUAUUUUUAUGAACAUUCAAUACUCAUCACAUCAGUAGAAAAGUAACACAACUAUGUAGAACCAGCUGAUGUUGACUUUUGACACAAUUCAUGUCUUCCUGUUAAAUAUUAAUAUUUACUUACAUUAAAAUGUGAAAUAAUUACCACAGUGGUAAAAUACUUAAAGUGACUGUGAAGAAAGCCAUCCAUAGGCAACUGAUCAUGAAUAAAAUUUUACAAUUUUUAACACUGUUUCUACUUUAACAAUAUCAACCUGAAUAAAACAACAUCUGCAUUUA